AUGAGAUUUCUUUCUACGGAUAUGAAGGAUACAAAUAUGCUAUUUUCUGCUAUUCGAUCUAUUUGUGCAUCAAGUCCGAAGAAGAUCUCAAUCUAUAAUGAGGAAAUGAUAGUAGCUCGUUGUUUUAGAGGCUUUCACAUAUUCAGUCGGAAGAGUUUAGGUAAGACUUUCAAAGAAACUCUUGACGGGAGAAUCGAGUCUAUUCAGGAAGAAUUGCUGCAAUUCUUCAAUCCUAACGAAGUAAUUCCGGAGGAAUGCAAUGAACAACAACGAUUACUUAGGAUCAGCUUGCGAAUUUGCAGCACCGUAGUGGAAUCAUUACCAACGGCACGCUGUGCGCCUAAGUGCGAAAAGACAGUGCAAGCUUUGUUAUGCCGAAACCUAAAUGUAAAGUCAGCAACACUUCUAAAUGCCACUUCUUCCCGCCGCAUCCGUCUUCAGGACGAUAUAGUCACAUGUUUUCACUUUUUAGUGAGUGAAAGAUUUGUAUCCAAGUCUACGUUCAAAGCUUCUACCAUAGACCUAAUUCGAGAAGGUUUGAUAGUCCUAAGAAAGGUGAGGGUGGGGGUUCUAUUUAGGAAGAAUAAGAAGAAUCUCAUUCAUGUGUUCAUGCUAACAGAAGAGCGGAUAAAAUACACAUAA